AUGUCAGACCCAAAUCGAGCCUCGCCCGGGAUCAAAUCCUACAUGUCUCAGUGGACAAGUUAUGGUGCCAAACAAGAGAAACCACGACACGAAGCGACUAAUACAUCGAGUAAGGAACUUCAAGGAAAAAAGAAAACCCAUUCCUGGAUAUCAAAAUUCCAGAGACGUGCCCGUCAGGUUAUCAAGAGAAAACGGGACAACAACUCUUCUCUAACGACGCAGCGUAGCUCCAUAACCGAUGAUAUAGUAGAGCCAGCCUUUCCUCCAAGACGCAGCUUGUUUCCGUUCCCACGGGUUACCUCUCCGGUAGCAUUUUUGCCUCUUCCGAAUCCAGAAUCUUCGAGUUCUAAACUAUCUCCUCCUAUUGAGCAUCACCUUCCUACCCCUCCGCCGCCCGCUUUAUCUUCCUCUCAGGCCUCUCCUUUAGACCCCGUCGCUCUCAUUGGGGAUAGAGAGCCGGUCACUGGCUGGAGGCCGAUUAACGCGACGAUGGAGUUAAACGAUCUGUGUUUUGAGUUCCUUCAAGUGGACGACAGGCCAACAGUGAUCAUGGAGGUAAAGCCAAAACUAGAGACCAGUAAAGCUGAAGAUGUAACUGUCGAUAUCUUAUUCGCAAAUCUUGCGUUCGAGCACCUCAAGCCUCAGCUCAAGUUUGAUCUCAAAUCCCCCAAGGAGAUGGGUGAAAUGCUAAAACGAAGUCCAAGUCCUACCGAGUGGACCUUGGAGAAUGAUGAUUGGCAGUUGCGAUGUGUCGGUAUCGGUAAAGGCACGGGUGACAGUUGGGCGAAAGUUCUGACCGUCGAUCCUAUUAUGGAAUCAGUAAAUGGGGACUUAGAAGGGGAAGGUGCCAGCAUCUGCAGGGGCCACGAAGAGGACAAAUACGGGGGUUCUCGCGGAGGCCCGGACUUCCUACAGCGAGCAGUUCCUUUGGACUAUCAUCUAGAGAAUUAUGGUGGCGGGGGAAUUGGAGAUGUCCGCCGAAUGUCAAUUACAGAAGAGUCCCCUCAAGGUAGCUCUGGAUCGGAUAUCACACUUCGGCUUGUGACUGAUGGUGCUUCAAGCUUAAGUAAAACGAUCACUCCCGUUUAUAGUAGAGCUCCAACAGCUCGAGGAUCACUAGCCUCAUCAAGUUCCACUUCAAGACGGUCAUCGAGAUCACUCCCUAGUAGUAGAAGAGGCUCUACUCCGCUUGGCAUAACUGAAUUGCCCUUGGUAAAAUCGGAAGGCUAUGACAGACGGCUCGGGGAUAAACCUAAUAUGGACUGGACAAGGGGUGCCAUCCUCCAGAAAAAUACACAAAAUCUGGAAGGAAUGGAUGACCAUCUGGACUUCUUGAUGAAAGUCCCAUGGUCAUUCACUCAUCCUGCUAUGGUAUUCUGGGGUAAAGAACUCAUUGCCGUGUACAACCCACAAGCAAAGAUACUAGCUAGUGAUAAACACCCGGGAGCCCUCGGCCAGCCAUUUGAAAUUGGGUUUCCUAAAUUCAAGGAAUAUAUGAUGCCUAUGUUACAAGCCGCACUUGAUGGAAAAACCACCUUACGGACCAACGAGCAGAUAUUUGUUCAUGGAGACAUUCCAAUGGAGGAACGCUACUACAAUUUUAUAAUCUCGCCGAUAAUCGGAGCAUCAGGAAGCGCUGAAGGUGUGCUAAAGCAAGCUCAUUCCAGAACUUCUCAAGUAAUCCAGGACCGCCGAAUGGAAACAUUGCACAAGAUUCGGACGAAUGUAGAACUUAUCCGAGAUCUGGAUCGCGAUAAUUUCUGGAACUUAGUCCUUGAAGGGCUGGGUUCUAACGAGGUUGACAGCCCGUUUGCAAUUCUCUAUAGGGUCGUUUCCGAGAAAAGCUGUAUCCUAGCCGGAGCUUUAGGAAUUCCAGAACAUCUCCAAGUAAAGGGCGGGUUGGUUCCAGAGGAGGUUAGGGUUGGCGGGAAAACCACAUGUAGCUCCAGAAAUACACUCACGGGGGCUUCGAGUCAGUGUGAUAUGUCUUCGUCGUCUUGUCCUAGGGUAAUAUGUGGACAUACCGAAGAGCAUAGUGAAAGUAUGACUCCGGCAGACGAAGAAAAUACGGGCACAACAUCGUCAUCAAGUGGAUUUGCCGAUCCUGACGAGCAAUUUCUAUUCUAUCACGAGAUGAUACUCGCACGGGAAUCAAACUCUGUUAUUGUUAAAGACCUGGCAACGGUACCGUAUAAUUACAAGCAAGGACUUUCCGAAAUUGAGUUCAGAGGGUUUGGAGACCCAUGCACGCAUGUGGCUAUCAUACCUAUCCAACCUAGCCCUUCAAGGACAUUUGGAUAUCUUAUAUUGGGGCUGAAUCCAAGGAGACCAUAUGACCAUGAAUAUUUCGCGUGGCUUACUAUGCUAAUGGAACAACUUGCAACCUCUCUCGGAAGAGUGAGGUUAUUGACGGAAGAUUUGAGAAGAGCUGUGCAAGAGGCACGCCAUCAAAAACAGUUGGCAUCUCAAGCACUUGAGAGAAAACGACAACAAGAGAACUUUAUUGAUAUUUCAUCACACGAACUUCGCAAUCCUCUGUCUGCUGUCUUACAAUCAGCAGAGGGAAUUCUUGGGUUGUUAAAUAGGCAUAAACUCGGUAGAAGCCAAAUACUAGACGUUGAGCAGAUAACUGACUCAGCUCAAACAAUCCUUCUUUGCGUCAAUCAUCAAAGAAUAAUUAUUGAGGAUAUUCUGGCUGUGAGCAAAUUGGAUUCAAACUUGAUGACAGUAACUCCUGUCCCUACGGAUCCUAGAGAUUUAGUGUGGAACGGGCUGAAAAUGUUUGAAGCCGAAUUUGCUGAGAAAGGGAUUCACUGGGAAUUUCGUGUGCUUGAAGGUUAUGAUUUAUUGGAUGUCUCGUGGGUUAACAUAGACCCAAGCCGUACAACACAAAUUUUAGUAAAUCUAGUUGCUAAUGCUAUUAAAUUCACCGCUCUCAAACAAGGCGAGAAAAAGAUUUGUGUUCUACUUGAUGCUUCAUUGGAAAGCCCGACAAACUGGUCGAACUUUGAUUACCUGCCUACUGAAAAGCUUCCGGAGAAAGAUGAGGCGGAUGCCCCAGAUUGGGGGACAGGACAGCGUCUUUUUCUGACAAUCACUGUUAAGGACACUGGGAUAGGUAUCAGUAAGAAGAAUAAACGAAACUUAUUUCAGCGGUUUAAUCAAGUUCCCAAGACGCACAUCACUUACGGUGGAAGUGGCCUUGGCCUUUAUAUUUCCAGACGUUUAUGUCAACUGCAAGAGGGAAAUAUUGGUGUAUCAUCCGUUGAAGGCGAGGGAAGUGUUUUCCGGUUCUAUAUCAAGGCCUGUCGAGCCGACAAACCAACAACUCCGGUUGUGUCAGCAUCGAUUAAUUCACCCUCAAGUACACAGGGAAGUUAUCAAUCGAAACGCCCAAAUAGUCACCACUCCAGUCCCGGAAACAUUCACGUCUAUCCAGAUCUACCCCAGCACCCCUCAGAAGAAAGCAGUAUACGUAAGGUCAGCCAGAACCCACUUUAUCAUGUUCUGGUUGUUGAGGACAAUUUGAUCAAUCAAAAGGUCCUUCGACAGCAGCUGGUCAUGGAAGGAUGUGUGGUUGAUACAGCAAAUAAUGGAAACGAGGCCCUGGAAAAGAUCAUGCAAUCGAGGUUUGCUAAGAAAGACGGAAAGCCACUGGAUGUAGUAUUGAUGGAUAUGGAGAUGCCGGUUAUGGGGGGUGUUGAGGCCACUAAAAGAAUUAGACAGUUAGAGGCACAGCGGAGAACUGGACAUAUUCCAAUUAUCGGCAUAAGUGCAAAUGCCAGGUCUGAACAAUUGUCCAUAAUGACUGCGGCCGGGAUGGAUGAUGCAAUGCCAAAGCCGUUUCGGAUCCCCGAACUACUAGGGAAGUUUAAGACACUUAUUUAA